GAAAGGCGGUGAGCGUAGUCUAUUAGCGUGAGGCAUAUAAUUUAGGUAUAAAAAAAUCCAGUAUUCGCUCUAUUAUAGCUAAUGCUGUUUUAUUUUAGAUGUUUAUUCUGCAAGCCAAGCCCAUAGAUCUCGAGUGAGUACACGAUUAUCGAUUUAAAACAUCCAGGCUGGAAUCUGGUUGUUGGUAACAAUACGUCCAACAAUCUAAAAUAUUAUCAUUGCAUUGUUAUAUCAUGGACUGUGCAGUGCUGAACAAUAUCAGCAACCGCAAAUUAUUUCACAAAAUUGAGAGUUGACUGUUGCCCUUCGUCGAAACCGUGUGUGGAAGUCGCCAAGCUUUGUGAUUUCCGCGUGUGUUCGAGAGGUACGCUUUAGGAGUCCGUUAUUGAGCUGCCUGUUUAUAACGUUUGAAGGGGCCAACAGUCCUACGGUUUCUUGAGCGUUUGAGACACCAGAAAAUCAAAUCUCGGCAUUUGACUGGUAUAUAUAAAGUGUAACCUAUGGAGUUCAAGUUAAAAGCGUUAGAAGCCCAUCGUAUCGUGAGCAUCUCUCUGGCGAAGAUUUACAACUCGCAGGUCCAGCGGGGAGGCCUUAAACUACAUAAGAAUUUAUUGCUGUCUCUGGUGUUGCGUAGUGCCCGCCAGGUUUAUUUUAGCGACCUUGGUCCAUUGCCAGAGGAGCCCCAGACGCCAUCGGGCUUUGGUAUAGAAAGCCCCCCGCAGCCACCCCUUCCAAUAACAGAAUGGGUUCAACCUGCUACAGAUUUUGAUUGGAGAAGUGAACAGUGUCCUGCUACACAGAAUGAAUGGAGUCUUGAAUACGGGCUUACUUUUCCCAAAGACGGAAGUCAAGAAUUAGAACUAAAGGCACCCGAGGAGCCAUCUGAUGAAGUUUGUGUAAUACCUGAAGGAGAGACGCUAGUAUCCCCGCCUAGCAGCCGAAAGAGGCGGUGCAAUGAGGUACCGCCCACCGGUUAUCCGAAGAAGGCCCGAAUGGAGGAAGAGACUGCAGUAACAGGGGAGGACAUUAAUACCGUGUCUGGAGCGCUGGAAGAACGAGCGGAGGUAGAGGACAUGGACACUAAUAAUGUGUCAAAUCUUGUAAGGAUUUUCGGUUCUAGCUUUUCGGGACUCUUGACUAAAGACCAUUCGUUGGUUAGCGUUGAGUCAAACCAGCAGGUGGAGGCUGUGACAGUGCAAGAAAGGGAUUCAGACUCUGCUACCCUUUUCUAUGAUGGUGUAAUGAAGACAGUAACUCCAUGGAGCACGGCCAUUGUGGCCUUCGAGACUGAUUACCGGUAUUCUACUAAUAUGGGCGAAGUGCAUCCUGUGGAGUUCAAACUAGAAGCGCAUCGCAUUGUGAGUAUCUCACUUGGGAAGAUUUACAACUCUCGAGUUCAGCGGGGAGGCCUUAAGUUACACAAGAAUUUGUUGUUAUCGCUUGUUCUGCGUAGUGCCCGGCAGGUUUAUUUGAGCGACCUUGGCCCUUUGCAAGAGGGGCCUCCUUUGUCACCAUGCUCAGAGAUGGGAUACACACCUCAGCCACCUGGUCUGGUACCAGUGGAAUGGGACCAGCCUCCCCAGGCUUGUGGUUGGAGAAGUGAAUCUGCCCCUGCUGUUGUGGACGAACUUGAUGACAGUGGGUUAAUGGGCUGUGAAGACGUAGCUCAGGAAUUAGAAUUGACUUCAAGUGAGGAACAAGUUGGUGAAGUUUGUUUAAGGACUAAGGAGGAGAUUGUACUAUCCCCGCCUAGCUCCAGAAAGAGGAGGGGUGAGCCCCACCAGUCUUCUCCCACAGAUUUGAAGAAGUCUCGUACGGAGGAGGAGGAGGACGCUGGGGAAUCUGGCGUCGAGGAUAUGGAUACGAACAAUGUGUCUAAUCUUAUAAAUAUUUUCGGUUCCAGUUUCUCCGGACUCUUGACUAAAGAUGUCCCGCAUUCGCUGUCUGGCGUCGAGUCUACACAACAGUUGGAGGAGCCUGUGACAGCGGCAGACAGAGAUCCGGACUCUGCGCCAUUGUGCUGUGACGCAGUUUUACAGACCGUGAAUCCCUGGAACACGGCUAUUGUGGCCUUCUGACUUUUAUCUUCACCUUAGGACAGUGACUUAUUGAUCUCACGUGAAAAUGAGGUCUGUUCGCUUCUUUUUGAAGCAGAGUAUGCAGUGGGUCUUUGUUGUAUAAAGACGUGUAAGAGUUUCGUUUUUUGUGUUCUAAUGUAUUUUGAUGUUGCUUAAUGUGUUUUACAUGCAGUAAAAGAACAUUAAAGUCA